CAAAAACCUCAGCAGGUUCGAUGUGUGUCGUGAGCCAUGGCCCUUUUGGCCCUGGUCUUGGGCAUGAUCCUCCGCGCUGUCGCCGGUGCGCAGCCGCUGGCGCGCCAUGAGCUGCCGGUCUCCAUGUGGCGCAAGGGGUCGAAGAACUGCCUGUCCAAGGGCGACGCCGCGUGCUUCGAGAGGUCCAGGGCGUCUGGGGACUGCGGCGACCUGCUGUGCCAGGUGGGUGGGGUCAUCAGCGCGGAGCUGCCGGGCCGCGUGCCGCGGAAGGAGCUCUUCGAGGCUUUCGCGGUGGCGGAGUUGGUGGAGCGCCACUUCCCGGAGCAACGCGAGGUGGUGGAUUUCUGCGCGGGGUGCGGGCUGCUGGGCCUGUUCCUGGCGCUGCUGAAGCCGGGUCGAAAGGUGCGGUGCUCGGACAAGAAGCAGCCCGCCAUUGCGCGGCGCUUGCAGGCAACUCUGGCCAGACAUUGGCCGCAUUUGUCGCAGGUCUCGUGGGAGGAAGAGGACAUCCGGUAUGGCAACCUGCAGGCUGCUAACAGCGAGCUCGUCACCGCCUGUCACGCCUGCAGCUUCCUGUCUGAUGAGGUCCUUUUCUGCGCCAUUGAGAGCCGAUCUCCUGUGGUGCUGCUGCCCUGUUGCUAUGAGAAGGUGCCUGCCCUUCCGGAGCGCCCCUGGCUGCCGAAGUGGUCCUGGAAGCGUUGGCCGUGGCUGGAGGGCGGCGCUGUGAAUCGUUUGGGGCGGAUGGCUAUCCAUCGGGCGCGCACGCAGCGCCUUGCUGCGGCCGGCUUUGAGGUGGCUGAGGACUUCAUAGACCCCGAGAUCUCGAACAUGAACCUGGCGAUCGUGGCCCGGCCCGCUGGAACUCACUGAUCGCCUGAGGUCUUGGUCUUGCCGGUCCCGGGAGGUCUCGGGAGGUGAAACCUCCGAUGCUUCAACAAGUGAAAGAAGGCGUC